AUCUUCUAUGUUGUAUUCCUAGGUAAGCAGGUUUACAUGUUACCAACUACCAAAUAUCAUCAUACCGAAACAUUCUCAGGGGUUCUCGCUUAUGUAAUCUCUUCUUCGGUCUAAGGAAACACCUAUUAAUAUUGCUUCUGUUCAAUAUUUAAGAGUGUAUAAUGGAGCUAUAAGAUGAACUUGUUCCGUCGACUCUUUUUGAAAAUCUAUUCCAUUUCUACUUUUACGAGUUUGAACAUAACCUAUAGCCUCCCGCCUCAUCUCACGUAAUCUAACUUGGCGGCAUAUAUAGUCGCGGCUAUAUAGAGUUGCCAUUGGAAUACAGGAUUCAAAAUGCAACGAUGCGCGAUAUAUGCAUGUAGGAUAUACGAAAUGUGCAGUUUCUAGGACUCGCUCGCAAUUGGGACUCGGGGUAUAUAACGAUGCCACUGGCCUUGGUAAUUGAAAGAGGAGAGGUUCCCGAAGCAAUUCACUACCAAUUCCGUCGAAAGAUUCUACUCGAAUUAUAUUAUGGGGCGCCCGGAUGUUCAAGCAGAUGCCCUGCGCGUGUUUGAGGUCCUCAAAACAGGCGGAAUAGCAAUCUGCCCAGCAGAUGUCGGUUAUGCCGUUAUGGCUACCCAUGCCAAAUCGCUUGAGAAGAUCUUCCUCACAAAACAGCGCGGGGCUCACAAGAGACACGCAGGAAUUGGAUCGUACGCUAUUCAUAAGGAGGUGCAUAUCAUGGACCCCGUACACCAAGAGAUUGUCGAUCAUCUCAGUCAGGACCUUGACAUUCCGGUCGGCGUCAUUGCACGAUACCGGCGCGACCAUCCAGUGGUCAAAAACAUCGAUCCUGUUACUAUGGAAGCAUGCGAUGUGAACGGUAGUCUCUCGUUAUUGGUCAAUGCCGGUGCGUUCCAAGAUGCACUCACUAGCUUGACCUUUGCGGAGCACAUACCCCUUUUAGGAAGCUCCGCCAAUGUGUCGGGGACUGGGACUAAAUAUCAGGUGGAGGAUAUUAACAAGGAACUCAUCGACAUAGCGGAUAUCGUAAUUGACUAUGGUCUGUUGAAGUAGUGGGUCCAUGGGCGGAGUUCCACAUUGCUAGAUUUCAGCGGGCCAUCCGUUGAAGUCGUCAGGAUUGGCGCCUGCUACGAUGUUAUUAGAGAUGUAUUGAAACGCAGAUGGGAUAUCGAGCUGCCGGCCGACCCAGGUAUGGUAUCGCUGAGGUUCGGACACCUAAAGAAUUUGGACCCGGUCAAGUCGCUGCAGAAUUUGAUCACUCCACCCAAAAGCUAGCAGGUCUUAUAAUUGGUCGAUCCACCUACGUGUUGACGUGCUUGUGAUUCAAUAUUGUUCGCUGGCGUCAACUUCGCUUUCGUACUAUUUAUCAAUCGUUAUAUGUGCCUCAAAGAUAUGGCCUGUGAAUAUUGCAGCUCUCGUCGUGACCGCUAGAUUGAACCGAUUAGCGUUGGCGAAAAUCUUGGUCGAGAGAGGAGAAAAGAGAGGAAAAUUGGAUUCAAAUCACAUUUUCGGGCGAGAGGAUUGGUGCGACCGCCGGAAUUUAGGUAACAUUCGCCGAGGUCUGUCUCGGUCUAGAUGUUUGUUAUCU